AUGGCCAGCAACCUCUCCUUCGUCCUCAACAAGCCCAACGACGUCUCCUUCGAGGAGCGCCCCAAGCCCACCCUCUCAAGCCCCCACGAUGUCCUCGUCGCCGUUAACUACACCGGCAUCUGCGGCUCCGACGUGCACUACUGGGUCCACGGUUCCAUCGGCAAGUUCGUCGUCGAGGACCCUAUGGUUCUAGGCCACGAGUCCGCCGGCACAAUCGUUGAGGUCGGCUCCAAGGUCAAGACCCUCAAGGUCGGCGACCGCGUCGCUCUCGAGCCCGGCUACCCCUGCCGACGAUGCCAGAACUGUCUCGCCGGAAAGUAUAACCUCUGCCCGGAUAUGGUGUUUGCCGCUACACCACCCUACCAUGGAACUCUGACCGGUUACUGGACUGCCCCUGCGGACUUCUGCUUCAAGCUUCCUGAUAAUGUUUCGCAGCAGGAGGGUGCUCUGAUUGAGCCCCUCGCUGUCGCUGUGCACAUCGUCAAGCAGGCCCGCGUCAAGCCCGGUGACUCUGUCGUUGUCAUGGGCGCUGGACCCGUUGGUCUUCUCUGCGCCGCUGUCGCAAAGGCCUACGGCGCCUCCAAGAUCGUCAGUGUCGAUAUUGUCCAGAGCAAGCUCGACUUCGCCAAGGACUUCGCCUCCACCCACGUCUACGCAUCUCAGCGCAUUGCGCCCGAGGAGAACGCCAAGAACAUCUGCGAGCUUGCUGAUCUCCCCGAAGGCGCUGACGUCGUCAUUGAUGCCAGCGGUGCUGAGCCCUCAAUCCAAGCAUCUAUCCACGUCCUCAAGAACGGCGGUAGCUACGUGCAGGGCGGUAUGGGCAAAGCCGAUAUUACCUUCCCCAUCAUGGCAUUCUGCAUCAAGGAGGCUACAGCCAGUGGAUCAUUCCGCUACGGUGCUGGUGAUUACCCUCUCGCCGUUGAGCUUGUCGCUACCGGCAAGGUCGAUGUCAAGAAGCUCAUCACUGGAGUUGUUGAAUUCAAGCAGGCUGAGGAGGCUUUCAAGAAGGUCAAGGAGGGAGAGGCGAUCAAGGUUUUGAUCAAGGGACCUAACGAGCAGUAA